AUACCAAUAUCCUUUCUCCAUACUCCAGUGGCUCUCCUCCAAGAAAAUCCCACAUGCAUACUUCAUCUACCAGUCUUUGCUUUUGCUCAGAACUCUACUCCAAUGCCAGGCACCAUCCAAGUCUCUGUUGAAGGCCUCAUAGAUUUCCCCAGAUCAACAAAUACAAGUCUUUUCACUUUGAAGGUUUCCAUGGGGAAGAGGGAAUACAAAAGCAUGGGACAGAGUGACUGCUCAAUCCCUGUGGCAUCAAUUCGGGAGAACUUGAUUGUUGCAAUUCAUGAUCCAGAGGGCAAUGAAAUAUUUCAUACAGAAUUUAGGACCAUGUCAGUGGUGGAGAAAGGAAUUCUUGAGGACUCCUACCCUCUCAAAUCCGGUGGGCGUAUAAACAUGAAGCUCCAAUUCUCACUCAACAGUGAAGAACAAAUGAGGAUCCGGAAAAUGAGGGAGUCUGCAUUGAAAAGGAAAGGUGCAGACGAACUACAGAAUGGAGCAAAGGGUUCAGCUCUAGGGCAGAAGACUGGAAAUUGGAUUACAUACUCCACAACUGAAGGAGCGCUACUUGAUCAAUCACAACAAACUGACCCAGAUUCGAGUGGAUCAUCAAGCGUUACAUCUUCGCAAGUCUCUGAGCAACCAUCAGAGAGCUCAUAUAAGAGGGAUGAUGGCCAGUUGGUUGAAGUAAAGAAAGAAAGUGUAAAGAUACAAUCGCCUGUAGAUGUUGUUAAUAAGUGGAAGGUUUUCUCUAAAUUUGGUUUAAAGCCGCAGUUCGAAACAACAAGAUCUUUAGUUUCAGAAAAUGCUACUGAUCAACAUAGCUAUUCUGAUUCUACUGAACUGAGAGAGAACAAAAAAAGGAGCAACGUAAGGAAAAUGGUGACUGUUUUCGAAAGCAGUCUUUUCCAGGAACAAUAUCCUCGUUAUAGACGGAGAACAAAACCUUCACAACUCAACAUGGGUAUUGAAGGUUCUUUGAAAAGAGUGUCUUCAGAAGAAAGUGAUAUUGAUAAACUAAAAGCCCGUCCUAGAAGAAUAUCGAAGUCGUUUUCUUCAAGCAUGCUCUCGGAUAUUGAAUUACAGCAAAAUCCAAAAUUCAUUCAAUCUGCAUUUCUGAAGAAAGAGGAGGAAUUGGAGCAUGUUGGUCCUAAUAAUGAUGAAAAAAUCAGGAGCCAAGACUCAUUUGAACGAAAACCUGUGAAAGAGACGGUACAUAGUAGAAAGGCAGUUAAUUCUGUUAAAUUUACUGAUCAUGUCGAAGAAGGAAAAGACAUCAAAAUUAAUGAUGUGCAAACAGUAAUUAAAAGUGUUGCCGAGAAUCUUCAACUCCCCCAAAUUGAAAAAGUCGAAGCUGUGAACACAAAGGUAAAGGAAAAUAAGGAGUGUGCGCCUCUGCAGGAAACUCAGUUUUCUGAAAGUCGUUCAGAUGAAGAAAUUGAAGCUUUGGUUCCAAAUGGAACUGUUAAUUCCUUCAAACAUUUUUACGUUGAUGGAUGUCAUUUUGGAAAUUCUGAUCUUUGGACCACUCGGCGUUUAUGUAUUACAACUGGGAAUAGACAGUUGAGAGAUCUUCUUGACUACUGCACGACUUCUGGCGGAAUGAAUCAAAUAGAGGACAAUCCAUCGUUAGGAUCGGCUACAAAGUUUAUUUUGUACACUGCGGGUGUUCAGCAAAAGCCAGACGAUGAUGCAUUAACCGAAGCGAGUCAGAACGAAAGGAGUUCUUAUAGACGUGUAGAAGAAAAAAAUGAAAAUUCAAUUGGGAUUGCAAAAUUUAGUGCUGGCUUGAUUGAACAGGGAGUAAGAAUUGCUAUCUUGGUAGUUGCUUGUGGGACACUUCUAUUCAAUACUAGACAAAGAAAGCCCCGAUAAUUGUAGAAUUUCCUCACUCAAACGAUAACAAGCUUUUGACGAAAGGCUAGCUUGGAUUCGAUAAAAGAUCAAUUCGUUACAUAAUCAAGAAAACAAGUUCCUCAAAGUUUGGCAAACUGAUACAAUAAUGUCAGAAGAAAGCUCGGUGGAUUGUGGCUUACUAGUUCUAGUUGCACACAGCGCUUUCUUCUUCAAACCUCUGGCAAAGUACAUUAACUUUCAUAAAACAUCUUGCAUGGAGAAAUCUCUGAGUAACCUGCAGUGGAGCCGGUUAUUUAGUUCAUAGUAUUAGACUUUGACUGAUUCUUUAGGGUCCGUGUACUGUUAUCUGUUAAGUGUCAGAUUAUUUCAUGUAUAUUCUAUUGCAUGUUGAGUCUUUUUUAUCAUCGAGGUUAAUGCUUUACCGUCACAGUGUAAUCUAUCUAUAUAGAUGAAUGACUUGAUAAAUUUGUCCAAAAAAAAAAGAAUGACUUGAUAAA